GUGCAGGGCCUCGCUUCGCUUGCUUGCAUGGAAUCGCAAAGACCACGAAAAAACGGCAGCUAUUGCUGCGUGGUAGGGUGCCACAACAGUAAGGUGAACGUGAGGGGGAAACAGCCUCGUGUGAAGUUUUAUAAAUUUCCGAACAAGUGGUUCGAACAAGGGCGUCGGCGACAAUGGAUAGCGGCUGUACGAAGAGUGAACCCGGAUGGCACUCCUUGGGAGCCAAGCCAGACGACUGUCAUCUGCAGUUGCCACUUCGUCGGCAACGAAAAAAGCGCUGACCAGACGCAUCCUUCCUACGUCCCCUCAGUAUUUCCAGCGAUGUACAAAGCCAAAUCCGUCGUGGGAUUGGCGCCUGUUGAGCGUUAUGAAAGACUCAAGCGGCGAUCUCAACGUAAUGACAACACCACGGCUUCAGUGACACUUUGUGUUAGUAAAGAAGAUGGUGUGCCUGGACUGCAUGGAGAUUUGCAAGAUGAGGAAUUCCAGGAUGAAACAUACAAUGAGCCUCCUUCCUCAGAUUCUAGUGGAGCGUUGGAACCACCUUCAUCAUCAUCUGUGGGCACACAGACAGAUGCAGCCAAUGAAGGCAGUGGCAGACCGUUCUCCGUCUUCAUGUGUACCAUUCUGGAAACGACCGGCAGCACCCAGAUUACUCACACACCUUGUGUUGAAAGUGAAGUGCAGGCUGUGCCCGAGACACAAUCACGCUACUCUGGACGUUCUUCGCGUACGUGCAUAUUUCAGGGUUACGAGACUCUUCGUGAUCAGAUUGCUACCCUGCAUGAUUUAUGUGGCACCACGCCAGAAGUGUUUGCACUUCUACUCAGCCUCCUUACCAACUUCCGCGUAAGAGAGGUCGACGUCACUAUCCCUAACAAGCUCUUGAUAUUUCUGAUGAAGUUGAAGCUGGGAAUUACUUUCACCGGCCUUGGCGCUCUGUUUGGAAUUCAUCGUUCCACUGCUAGCAGAAUAUUUUUCUGUAUGUUAACAAACUUGGUUCAGGCCACAAGCAAGUGGUUGUUCACACCAUCAAGAGAGACAAUCCGAGCGACUCUUCCAGAAUGCUUCAGAGAGCACUAUCAUUCAUGCAGAUACAUAAUCGACUGCACUGAAGUGAGGACGGAAACUCCAGCUCCUGUUGAAAGGCAACGAAAUCUGUACUCAAACUAUAAAGGCGGCAUGACUGUGAAGUUCCUGGUUGCAAUUGUCCCCAAUGGACAGAUUGCUUUUGUGUCGAAAGCGUACGGGGGAAGAGAAAGCGACACAGCAAUAACAACGGAUUCUGGAUUCCUAGACCUUGUCGAGGCAGGUGAUUUAAUUCUGGCUGACAAGGGAUUCCCUGGCAUCAGCUCCCACCUCGGACAGAAAGGUGCACUACUAGUGAUGCCCCCAUUCUCAUCAGGAAACGCACAGUUCACCAGCAGUGAAAUGGACACAACGUAUUACAUCGCACAAGUUAGGGUGCAUGUAGAGAGAGUGAUUCAGCGGAUCAAGACCUUCGACAUCCUGAAUUCCACCGUACCAGCUGAGCUUGUGCCAUACAUGACUGACAUUUUUCAUAUGUGCGCAGUACUUGCAAAUCUUCAGCCACCCAUUUUCAAGACGCAGCAAUGAUUUCAGCGUACUUCAUUUUGGCAUUUGGCCUGCUGUGUUGAAGUGCAAUGGGGACCAGUGUGAAAAUUAAAUAUGUUGAGUGCUAAUGCAGUUGCUAAAAAAAAGUGUCCUGUUGCAAAAUGGCUGUCACACUGUUUCUCAUUUAUUGCUUCAACACGAUUUGAAAUAUCAUACAGAGCACCAGGUCCCAACUUACAGAAAUUGAACUGACUAGAAUACGUGGACUAACCAAAAAAAUUAAACCAGAAAACUUAAGGUCUAAUUACAUAUUCAUUUAGACCUGGGAGCCAUUCUUGGCAGCAUGUGAGUAAAAUAGAAUGUCUCUAGUUUUGGAACAAGUUCACUAAGCAGAUCAUCGUCACGCUCUACCAUCACAUUCACUGACUGCGCAUCAGAAUAUACAAAAAAGAAUGCCUCUGUUACAUUCAUGACAUACAUUGCAAUUUGCACUUGUGUAUAGUAUUGAUGCGACUUUUUAAG